UCCAGUCGACGCAUGGAAGUCGAAGCAUUUGGACGUAUGUGUAUACCUGUAUAAAGUGUGCCGGUCGUUUUUUAGCGAUUAUAACAAAUAUCCUUAAAUUGUGAAGUCCAAUAAUUUUUUUGUUUGUUUUUUGAUCACAUUUGGACCCUCAAUUUUGAUGAAAUUGCGAGUGUUUAAUAAUUUUUUCAACUUGAUCGAGAAAAACAGAACGACGAGAUGGAGGGCCUUGCUCUCUUCAAACCGAAUAAGAAUUUUAAACGAAUCUUACUUCCAACACCAAGGAGUCAAAGGCACGUUCCAACUGACAUGAAGGCCCUGGAUGAAGAAUUAGAAGUGGACGUAAACAAAGAAAUUUUCGAGGGGACAGAUUACGUCAAGCAGUAUGUCGAAGAAGAAGAAGUCAAUGUUUUGGAAGCUGCAAGGCAAGCCCGAAUCUUGAAUCCAAAUGCAAGAUUUGAUGAAAUUUCACAUGGCACAUUGCCUGCCUUGAGCGAACUUGAGCACGAAAAACUUAUCAAGAUUUAUAAAACUUACAACUUUGCAUAUCGUGCCAAAGAGAAUUUGACGAUAUCAAAUAUGAAGGACAAAAUUGUCUCUAUGAUAGACACUAAUCCAAUCGUGGUUAUCCAAGGCCCCACUGGAUGUGGAAAAACGACUCAGGUGCCACAAUUUUUGCUCGACAACAGCUUCAGGAAAAAAGUCCACUGUAAUAUCAUCGUGACCCAGCCAAGGAGAAUAGCAGCAAUCAGUAUUGCCCAGCGAGUGAGUAAAGAAAGAAACUGGCCAGUGGGAACUCUUGUUGGAUAUCAGGUAGGAAUGUGCAAUACGACUUCGGAAGACACAAGAUUGACUUACUGCACAACUGGUGUCCUUUUACGGAAACUAAUCCGCUCGAAAAAUAUGCUUGAUUAUACGCACGUGAUUCUCGAUGAGGUUCACGAGCGAAAUCAGGAAAUGGAUUUCCUUCUUCUGGUAGUUCGGAAAUUAUUGCGCUCGAAUUCGCGACAGGUUCGCGUAAUUCUCAUGUCAGCCACAUUCGACGUCGGCAAAUUCUCCAACUAUUUCUCGUAUCCGAUUAUAAACAAACUGGUGCCGGCGCCAAUUGUCGAUGUCGCCAAGAGAAAUCGCUUCAACGUGAACGUAUUUUAUCUCUGUCAGAUGAGUAUGCUUCACCAGUUGCCGGAAGUUUUAGAAAAGGAGCCAAAAGUCACCUAUGACAUGAUAAAUUUCUGUCUGAAAAUCAUCAUUAUUCUCGACGACGUUGAUAAAAAGAGCGACGAGGAUGACACGAGAGACAAUGAUAAUGACGAGGAGGAUGAUGAUGACAGGGAGGAAUUCAAGCGGCAUGUCAUACUCAUUUUUCUCCCCGGUAUUUGGGAAAUUGAAGAGAUGCAUGAUAAAUUGAAAGCGCCGGUUUAUGAGAAAAUGAAGUGGGACAUAGUUGUGAUGCAUUCGACGAUUACGAACGAGGAACAGCAGAGGAUUUUCCAGAAGCCUCCGAAAGGUCACAGGAGGGUUAUUUUGUCGACUAACAUUUCCGAGAGCAGUAUCACAGUUCCUGAUGUUAAAUAUGUUAUUGAUUUUUGUCUGACGAAGCAACUUGUAACGAAUCCAAAAACCAACUUCCAGUCUCUGGAACUUGUGUGGGCGAGCAAAGCGAACUGCGAACAAAGAGCUGGACGAACUGGCCGAGUGAUGGAUGGCCGAGUUUAUCGAUUAGUACCGAAACAUUUUUAUGAAAAUGUACUUCCGAAAGAAGGAGAUCCAGAGAUGUUGAGGGCACCGCUUGAAAACUUGGUGCUGAAUGCUAAACUUUUGGAUAUGGGCGACCCGAAAAGCCUCCUGGCCCUCUCUUUAGAUCCCCCAGAUCUGAGCAAUCUGAAGCGCACGAUUUUACUCUUGAAAGAGGCGGGCGCCUUGUUCAAUAAAACUGAUCAGUUCAACGAGUACGACGGUGAAUUGACGGAUCUCGGUAAAAUAAUGGCUAAUUUGCCGAUGGACAUCCGAGUUUCCAAGUUAAUUGCCUUGGGUCAUGUGUUCAGUGUCCUAAAAGAUUCGAUUAUUGUUGCUGCGAGCAUGGCAGUCAAGAGUAUGUUCAGCAAUCCCUUCCAGAAGAAGCUGCAAGCCUACAACGCGAAACUCACCUGGGCAGACAGAUCCUGCAGCGACUGUAUCGCUUCUCUUAACGCUUUCAAGGUUUGGCAACAAGAAAAAGCGAGUCGUCGGAUCACCAGCAGCGAGCAGGAAAAGAACUGGGCGCACCGACAUUUCAUUCAACUAAGAAUGUUACGAGAAAUAGAUCACUUCGCCAAGGAAGUGACAAAACGAUUAGAAAAUCUGGGAAUUGUAGACAGUAUUGGGGAAAAUCGAGUCGUCUGGACAGAAACCGAGCGGGCGUUUGUCCAGAAAGUGGUAAUUGCGGGUGCAUUUUAUCCCAAUUAUUUCGUGAAAAGUGCGAAAAAUCGACUGAUGGACGAGAAGGAUGCUGUGAAACUCGUGUCAGGCCUGGAUCCGGCUAAAACAGUUUAUUUGCAAGGAUGGCCUAUCAAUCAACCUGGACCACUUUACGCAAGACGAAUCCAAGAAAUUUUUAAAGAAUGCUCUCCUUCUUCGGUUGGCAAAAUUAUCGUUUCUUUCGAUCAGUCCAGUCGUGUCUACGUGCACUUUUGGAAUAGCGAGAGGAAUCAAACAAGAGAGAACAAAGCUCCUGAUGUUAUCGGAAAAGUCUCUUUGGCCGUCUACAGAGCUCUGAAGUUGAGAAGAAUCAACACGCCAAUAACGGUACAGGUUUUGGAUGAAAAAGUAGCAAACGCGGAAGCGCAGAGGUUAAAUUUGAUUCGCGACAGCAGUCAAACGUUCUUCGAUGUGAAGCCACAGGUCUUUGAGCGAAAGAAGAAUUUCGGCAUCAGACCAGCUUUGCCUGGGCUCGACAUCACCAUGAUUCCCUUGGUGAUCACAGAGAUCAUAAAUCCCGGUCAUUUCUGGGCGCAAAUGAUCGAACAUUCCUCCAAGAUCAAGCUAAACGAAAUUCUGCGGGCCGUCAACGAAAAUAACGAUCUCCUGCUUCCGGUGACUUCUCUCACCGGCGUGGGAACCCUCGUAUUCGCGCCCAACGUCCGUCAAGGUAUUUACAAUCGAGCCGUGAUUCAGAGCUACUCUCAGGACGCGAAUGUCAAACUCGCUCAGGUGUUGUUUGUCGACACGGGGAAAACGGCAAUCGUAAAAAUGAGCGAUCUCCGUCAGUUGAGAGCCUUCGGCGAGGACGAGGAGGAUUUGAUUGAAAUGUUCAAUUUGCCAGCCCAGGCGAUCGAGUGCAUUCUCGCGAAUAUCCGGCCAACUUUCAUGUCGAAUGUCACCGGCCAGUGGUCCCAGGAGGCUCGGAAAGAAUUCUGGAAAGUGCUGCAGUCGGACGAGAAUGGAAAGCGGAGGAACAUCUUUGGCGAAGUGUUUUCGGUGGUAAACAGCGUUGUCUCGCUGACGCUCCUCUGCGUGAGUGGAUCUGGCAAUAAUAUUCAAAAGUUCAACGUGAAUGAUCAUCUGAUCAAACAGCGAUAUGCUGAGCAUAAGGAGGAGGAUUAUCUCUCACGCUCGAAUCAUGAACUUCGUCUGCAUCAUGAGGACAUGAUUACGGCACAAAAAGUAUUUUAUGAGGAGGCGCAGUACGAUCAGUAUUACUUGUCCGACUUUUAUCCUGAACCUCCGGAUAGAAAGGAGUGUCAUAAAAAUGUGGUCUUGAGGGGACCCUAUUCGCCCUUGGAAAUUGAAUUGAUGCAUCUCACUAGUGCGGGAGCUGCCAAGAAGAUAAAUGUCGAAGGAAACUCUGUGAACUCAGUUUUAUUGGAUACAACACCAGAAGAUCCGCACGAGCGACUUUUGGUAGCCGGAUCUGUAAACGAAACAGCGACCGGGGAAAGCUUGACCCUCAGAGACACGAGUUUGAUGCCAAAUCUUCCUGGAUUGACGGCAGUUUUGUCUUUGCUGUUUGCACCGAGAAUAGAAUUGAGACGUAAUUCCACCGGAAGUUAUUACACUGGUGCCUUGUGUGGCUUAGGAGCACUUCCGGGCUCGAAAGAAGCUCUAUUUGCAGAACACGAUAUGGAGAUAAAGUUCGACGUCGAGAUCACCAUUGACGAUUUGCUAAACAUAAAUAAAUUACGACAUUGGAUCAAUAUGGGACUGCAUGUUGACACCGAAAGAAACGAUUGCAUGAGCCAAACAAUCGAGUGUCAGAAGCGCAUAAAAGAUUUACUUUUCACAUUAAUGGACAAACAACGAACUGAUCAGGAUCCCGAGCUAGUUCAUCGCUUCAGCAGGUGGAAUCUCUAUAGCGAGAGUGAUUUCCUCCAGCCUGGAAAGUUUGCUUCCAGCAAAGAGUACAUUUAUCCUUUGCAUUAUGCUCUCGAACUCUCAGAAAAGAAUGAGAGGUAUGAAAAAAUGCUGACACAUGUUGCAGAAUUGCGGGAACUCGCCAGAACGGACAUAAGAAAUCGGCGAUUUGUCCAGGUGACUUGUGAACUCUGUGACGAGGAGAUUUUUGGAGUCUUUGAAUUGCGAAAUCAUUUGUUCUCGCUGGAACAUCGAGCAGCGCAAGAAAAAUUAGGAAUAAAUUAAGACGGUUUCCUACGUUUUUACGCUUUUCGACAUUUCUUUUUCACUUCAUAUUCUGUUAAUAAGUUGAGAGUGUACCAUUUUCUAUUUUAGUUUGUACGAAGUCAUUAUUAAUUAUUCAUCACGUCAGCGGAUUACCAAGUUUCCCAUAUAAUUAUUUCUUUAUUAUCGAGAUGGAAUAAUUAUUAGAUUUAAGACAAAGUA